AUGGAUGCCUCAGGAGAAAUGGAAAGGCUUUGUGGGUACGUUGGUGUCAGUGGACGCGUUGCCUAUGUUCCUCAGCAACCUUGGAUGCAGAAUCAGAGCAUUAGGACGAAUAUCACAUUUGGGAAGAGCUAUGAAGAAUACUUUUAUAACCGUGUCCUAGACGCCUGUUCUCUAUACCCUGAUCUUCAAAUGCUUCCUCACGGCGAUAUGACAGAAAUCGGAGAGAAGGGCAUUAACCUCUCGGGCGGGCAAAAAGCUCGUAUUUCUUUGGCGAGGGCGGUUUACCAAAAUUACGACGUCUACCUUCUCGAUGACCCAACGAGCGCUGUGGAUUCGCAUGUUGGAGCGCAGAUCUUCUCGUGUGUGAUUGGACCAGAAGGAAUGUUGAGAAACAAAACAAGGAUAUUAGUGACUAACGAACCAGCGAUUUUGGGCCAUUCAGACAAGAUUUACGUAAUGAAAGGUAGGUAUUACGGAUGGUAA